UUGAACGGCGCCGUACUGGACAAGCAACGUGUCUGUUUCUUAUCAUUACUUCUUGGUCUUUGAUCAUAUAAGGCAAAAUAUCUAUGUCAAAUGUCGUUCUUAUAAGAGCAAAUCCAAUGCAGCGCACGUCUGAUGGUCUCAGUGGAUGGGAGGCAUUCUUUAGUUGCCGUAGGUUCCCCUUAAGCGGAGCUCUUCCGGCAUUGCCAUCACAGAAGGGAACAAUAACUGCGAUUAAAGGGAAUUUAUGGGAUCACAAGUUUCAGUGGAUGAGAUGAGUGUGCGUGCGGGGCAGAGCAGUGACGAGGUGCUGGUGUCACAGGCGGUGUGGGAUUACCUGGCUGCUGCAGGACGGCCUUGGCUGCUAGACUUUGAAGACAAACAGGGGCUGACAGCAGGCAUUAUUCGGCGUGGGGAGCGUGGAGGCUGCUGUGCUGUGAGACUCUCCCCGGUGGAGGGCACCAGCAGGGCCAGGGCCGGGCCAGCGGACGGCCCUGUUUCUCCAGCCACACGGAAAGCCUUCAUAGACUUGUGCCGCUGCGCUCGUAAGGAAAUGACCAAACAGGACACAGGCCCUAAGAGAAAGCGUUCCCUGUUGCCGUGCAUUGGGGUGAUGGAGGGAGAUAGGGAAGGGAGUCUGCUCCCACCCCCACCUCCUCAACCCCGACGCUCUCAGAGGCAGCAAAUGAGGUACAGGAAAACUGCUGACAUUGAGAGCUGUGUGGUUCUGCCACAUGAGGCUCCCGGAAGGACUGAAUCCGAGGUUAACGCAGGCCCUCAGGGCGAGGAGGACAAGACCACAUGUCCCAUCUGCAUGGGCGAGAUAGUGGAAAGGUCCACGCUGGAAAAAUGUGGUCAUGCCUUCUGCAGAGCAUGCUUGGAUCAGGCUUUCCGGGUGAAACGGGCGUGUCCUGUGUGUAGGCUGGUGUACGGCCAGCUGAUUGGGAACCAGCCAGCUAAUGGGAGCAUGAUAGUGGAGCGGGAUCCAGACUUGGAGCUUCCAGGACACGAGGGUUAUGGCUGCAUAUGCAUUAUCUAUAGCUUCCCUCCUGGUUUACAAGCGCCAGAGCAUCCAAACCCAGGGGUGCGGUACCCUGGUACCGACCGCGUGGCCUACCUACCGGACAGCCCGGAGGGGAACCGCGUGUUGGGCCUUCUGCGGCGGGCAUUUGAGCAGCGUCUCAUCUUCACCAUCGGCACCUCGAUGACCACAGGCAUGCAUAACGUCAUCACCUGGAAUGACAUUCACCACAAGACUUCCAUAUGGGGCGGGCCAAGAUGCUUUGGCUAUCCAGAUCCCACUUAUCUCGUUCGGGUUACGGAGGAGCUCCGGGAGAAAGGCAUAACGGCUGACUGAUAUUCACAAUCAUGGCACUUUGGAAACAUACGGGAAAAGCGGCUGGGAUUCAAGCUCUCCCAGGACUCUCUGUGUCAGCUCGAUUCCAGGCUAGCCGCUGCCACAGUGUGCGUGAUCGGGAAAGAUCCUGUCCGUCACCCCCACUCUAACGUUCAUUUGGUUAAACCCAGCAGUUUGAGUUUUACAAUUGAGUAUGGCACAUUCCACAAACAUAGGUUAUUGUUUAUGACAAGAAAAAAGGGAGCAAGCACUUUGUUGUGAGCAGUAAUACGGCCUGCAAAGUUUACAGACACUUAAGUGUAUUGUUAAAACGUGAAUGUUCUGGAAAUGUCUUUGUUUCCAUUUAUUGUAUGCCACUGCUUAACCAACUUGGUCUUUUUUUGAGAGAGAGAAAGAGAGUCAAAUGUUCACAGUGUAUUCUGGUUCCACAACAGUUCCUUGCAAUUGAUAUUUCAGGGUUAUAUGUUAUCACCUAGGUGAGAAUGACGGAUAAAAUGGUAGAGCACAGCAUCCAUAUUUAGCACUGCUGGGAAAACACUGCUUAUACUGUUUUAUAAUCAGCACUUACAGGCACUUUGGCCAUUUCUCGUUCUAGGAAAUGUUUGGAGAAUGGUUUAAUGAUGCAGAUGAGUAGGUCAUGUUUCAUCAGAGAAGCAGAGAGGAGAAUUGUUUUAGCAAUCGUGUGCUUUCGCAGUUGCUAGGUCCCAGUUAAACAACUGCAAAGUAAUGUUAUUUUCAUUACCUUUAUACAAUUCAGGUGAUGUACUUUUCUUUUUGAAUUUAUCAGACGUGAAGAGACCAGUUCUGAGUCGUCCCUCAUUUCUACUUUCAUC